AGCAGAAGAGGAGAGAGAAAUGCUGCCCAAAUCUUUGCAGUGUGAUCAGUGUUAAUAAAGCUUCUGACUGACCUCUUUUAAAAUGCACUUGCGUUAUUACACAUUUGGAGUCACAGUAUUCCCCAACACUCUAGUGCAGUCUUUGGCCAUCCACCCACUGGCUGCUUCAGAGAAGGAAUGAAAACGAAGAGGCUCUAACUCCAGUGGUCACCCUGCUGGCUAAAAAAUCACCAGAGCUGAGGGUCACGCACAGAAAGUGGAAGGGGACGGUGCUCCCUGCACCUAUAGCUGGAUGACGUGGGAAGGUUCAGCCCAAGGAAAAGUCCUGGACAGUGCUGAGAGAAGUUGCAGCCUCCUUUCCUGCUCCUGGGGCAAGGCCUGGGGCCAGCACCCUGCAGUGACCCUCACAGCCUGCGGACUGCUCUGCCCGAAUCUCCAGGGUGCAGCAGUCUCCUUGGGGAGGCAGCUCCCUGACAGGGCAGGCUGCAGCCCCUGUUGUGACACGCGAUGAGGCAACAGCGGGGCCGUCUGUGACAUCACACCACGUCCUGCUCAAAAGCCCUGUGCGCCGCGACCUGCCCUCACUUGGCUGCGAGGCCUUCAGGAGGCAGUGGCUGGUGCUGCUCUGCUGGUGCUGCCGCUGUGAUCUUGAGGAGCUGCCUUGCAGAAAGGAGCCAAAGGCACUGGGAAGCAGCGUCCCCGCGUGGGACAAUUCCUGCUGACGAGUGGAGGAGGCCCGGAGCGAGAUGGAGGCCAGGAGUGCUCCCAUCCUGUGCAACGGCCGCCUCAUGUGUCCAACACUCAUGCACCUCCAGGACGAUGAGAUUGUGAAAGUUUGGGAUGCAGUAUCCCACUUCAUCCGCAGGCAGUUUGCGCUGAACAAGGGUGUCACAGUACCUGGGCUGGGCACCUUCUUUGCUGUUAAACAGGACCGGCCCAUGGCAGGCGUUAAGCUCCUUGAUGCAAAGAAGCCCGUCUUCCAGGUUUCGGAGCACUUUGCCAAUGUUCAUGGGCUCCCUUACAAGAAAGAAACUUUUCCUGGAAUACCUCCAUUUGUUUUCCUGAAUUAUGCCUGGCUGUCCUUGGACAUCGGCAUUCCUCGGGACACCGUGCAGCGCUGCAUUCAGGAGACCCUGCUCUUUCUCUCCUACAGCCUUGCAAAGAAGCAGGCUGUGGAUUUCAUCUUCAAGGACAUCGGCCGUCUGGUCUUCCGCAAGAGCAGAGUCCAAAUGCACUUUUCCUCCGACUUUGUUCACAACCUGAAUAGCAACGGCCAGCUGUUGAAAUGCCGCCUCACUGAUUGGGCUCUACAUACCUCAUGGAAGAGCUGCAGGGAGAAGAGCCUCUCCAAGCACCCAAGGGUUUUGCUUUGGAAAAGAAGGGAGACACAACGAUGGAGGGAGAGUCUACCAGAACAGAUGGAGAAGAAACUGCCACACCGUGGGUUGCGGGGGGCCGAGAGAAUCCAGCUGCCAGCCGUGCCGGCUUUCCCAAGGCUGGCAGCGACUCUCAAGCAAGUGCCUAAAGCAGAGACAUCAUCAUCUGAAAAGGCCACUUGCAAGCUGCCCCCUCUGCAAGCAGCAGCCUCUGCAACUUCUGCCAGAGGAAGAGCAAAGGCAUUGGGUACAGAGGCCCUCAGCCACCGAGAGCUUCUGCCACCUCUUCCAUGCGUCUCUGCUGAGAGGGAGAGGGCAGUGAGGGCAGAGAGGUGGGAAUGUGUCCCACACAGCCCUGUGGCCCCUGCUGAGGAUGUGGAGUACUCAGUACGGUCCUUCGUCUCCACAGUCAUAAGAAAUGCUGUAGCCGAGAGCAAGGCAAGGCUUGCUCCAUCAGGCAGAGGUCCCAGGACCACAGGCCACAGAACUCCAACUCUCCCCACAGCAGUGCCCCGGCAUUUGAAGAAGAGCCGGCACCCUGCCCCACACAGCCCCACCGACUCUUUUACGGCGCUGCAGGACACAGCACUGUCUGUUGUGUCUGAAGCCAUGUCAAAGGCGAUGGCUAAAAUGCGGCAACAAGGCCAACGACCAGCAGCAAUGCUUUCUUUGGGCACAGAGUCUGGGUGAACUCCACAGGUGUUCUGACACAGGUCCAUCUCAUGCCUUGUUCCUUGCUGGGUGUCUGGUUAAUAAGCAACAGCUUUUGCCUCCAAAUCCUCCACUUGUGUGCUUGCAGAUUGCAAAACAGUGUGUUAGUGAUUGCCUUCUGCUCUUGGCAGCUGGCACAGCUGCAGGUGUAGGGCAGCAGCAGGGCAUCAGAUGCUGUGGCAUCAGUGACACACCAUGAUUGUGCUGCACCAGCCUCUUGGAGCUCUGCCUUUUAGGCAUUUCCUUCUUUCCACAGGAGCCAUCAGCCAGCCAGCUCUUUCACAGUGCUGGUGGACCCAACAGAUGCCCAUACGUGACUGCCCUCCUCUGCAGGCCAGUCUUAGUUACUCAGAAGCUCCUUGCUGCUUUUCCCUUAGGUGUACCUUCAGUUGGUGUCCUGAAUUAUGCCUGCCUGUCCUUGGACACCAGGACAUGCUCCUCCGCAAGAGCAAAGUCCAAGCACAGUUUUCCACAGCCUGGAAAAACCAUGGGCUGGGGGAAUGGCUCUUCCCUUCCCAGCCCACAGCAAACCCCUCUCGGAUGGCACCAAGACCAGCGCUCUACAGCAUUGAAAGCGGUGCCCUGGAGUCACACUGCCUUAGUUUUGCUUCCAUGAUUGGGCUCCACAUACCUCAUGGAGGAGUUGCAGGGGAAGCUCCCCUCUGUGUUGCAGAGCACACACUUGUCCCUCAGGACACCUCAGAGACCAUGCGUGAUGUGGCCAGUACGCAUAUGGAACCUACACUAAUGAUUCUUCGGAGACCUGAUGAACAUACAAGAGACUUACAGGAAAUUAAUUGAAUAUGUAUUUGUCCCACUACUAUAAGCAUGCUGCCAGUAACUGUUGGUGUGCAAGUGAGGUGGAGCUAUCCCCCUUGCAUCUGGCGUGUGUGCACAGCACCGAAUAAACAUACCUACUUUACAACUUUA